CCAAAGCUCCCCCGGCUUGGGAGGAGGGCACUGGCCCGCCGUCUGUGGAUCCUUCCAGAAACACUGGCUCUCCUGGAGGGGAGGGGAGGCCUGGGGCAGAAACACUGAAAGAGUUUGUUAGAAAGUGUUUCCCUCUGGGGGUGGGGCGGGCCUGGCGCUCCCCAGCACGUGCGCGCGGUACCUGGAGAAGGUCCUGCUGGGACGCCUUUCCUUCCUGCCGCGCCCCGAGGUUGCCCGGCCGCUCCCUCCCGCGUCAGCGCAUUUCCCACGGUUCUGGGGGAGCUGGGGCGGGGCGGGGGCAGCUGCGCCUGCAGGGUGGACGCGGCCUACGGGGCGCCCCCCGGUCCCCCGCCCUGGCUCCCGCCCCCGCGCCCCGGGCCUGGGACACGCGGCCAGCGGGGGGCGCCUGCGGCCGCUCCUCCUUCCCCGCCCGCGGUGAGUGCCGGGCCAGCCCGCGGCCACUGGGGCGGUCACUCGGGCGGCGGUGGAGCGGGAGCGCGCGGCAGAGCUGAGGAACUGCGUGUGGAGUCAGCCCAGUCUGGAUGCACAGGAGGAUGCCGGCGGCACAGUGAGUGAGGCGUGGUGCCAGAGCUGUGUGGACCCCUCAUUGGCCAUGGAGCAGCAGGCUCAGAGGCCCUCUCCCCAGCCCUGCUUGCCUGCCUUGGAGAGGACAGAGGCCUAGGCCCACGGGGGAGGGUGUUGGCAGACAGAUGCCCUCCAGGCCCUGGGGCCUCCUUAACGGCCGAGGGUGGAAGAUGCCGGCCAAGGGGCGCUACUUCCUCAACGAGGGCGAGGAGGGUCCUGACCAAGAUGCGCUCUACGAGAAGUACCGGCUCACCAGCCAGCACGGGCCGCUGCUGCUCACGCUCCUGCUGGUGGCCGCCACUGCCUGCGUGGCCCUCAUCAUCAUCGCCUUCAGCCAGGGGGACCCCUCCAGACACCAGGCCAUUCUGGGCAUGGCGUUCCUGGCGCUGGCGGUGUUUGCAGCCCUCACUGUGCUGAUGUAUGUCGAGUGUCUCCUGCGGCGCUGGCUCAGGGCCUUGGCGCUGCUCACCUGGGCCUGCCUGGUAGCCCUGGGCUACGUGCUGGUGUUCAACGCGUGGACGAAGGCGGCCUGUGCGUGGGAGCAGGUGCCCUUCUUCCUGUUCAUCGUCUUUGUGGUAUACACGCUGCUGCCCUUCAGCAUGCGGGGCGCUGUCGCUGUGGGGGCCGUCUCCACCGCCUCCCACCUCCUGGUGCUCGGCGCUUUGAUGGGAGGCUUCACGACACCCAGUGUACGGGUGGGGCUGCAGCUGCUGGCCAACACAGUCAUCUUCCUGUGCGGGAACCUGACAGGCGCCUUCCACAAGCACCAAAUGCAGGAUGCGUCCCGGGACCUCUUCACCUACACUGUGAAGUGCAUCCAGAUCCGCCGGAAGCUGCGCAUCGAGAAGCGCCAGCAGGAGAACCUGCUGCUAUCGGUGCUUCCAGCCCACAUCUCCAUGGGCAUGAAGCUGGCCAUCAUCGAACGGCUCAAGGAGCAUGGCGACCGCCGCUGCAUGCCCGACAACAACUUCCACAGCCUCUACGUCAAGAGGCACCAGAAUGUCAGCAUCCUCUAUGCGGACAUCGUGGGCUUCACGCGGCUGGCCAGCGACUGCUCCCCCAAGGAGUUGGUGGUGGUGCUGAACGAGCUCUUUGGCAAGUUCGACCAGAUCGCCAAGGCCAACGAGUGCAUGCGGAUCAAGAUCCUUGGUGACUGCUACUACUGUGUAUCGGGCCUGCCCGUGUCGCUGCCCACCCACGCCCGGAACUGUGUGAAGAUGGGGCUGGACAUGUGCCAGGCCAUCAAGCAGGUGCGGGAGGCCACGGGCGUGGACAUCAACAUGCGUGUGGGCAUACACUCGGGGAACGUGCUGUGCGGGGUCAUCGGGCUGCGCAAGUGGCAGUAUGACGUGUGGUCCCACGACGUGUCCCUGGCCAACCGGAUGGAGGCAGCCGGAGUCCCCGGCCGGGUGCACAUCACGGAAGCGACACUGAAGCACCUGGACAAGGCGUACGAGGUGGAGGAUGGGCACGGGCAGCAGCGGGACCCCUACCUCAAGGAGAUGAACAUCCGCACCUACCUGGUCAUCGACCCCAGGAGCCAGCAGCCACCCCCGCCCAGCCAACACCUCCCCAGACCCAAGGGGGAUGCGGCCCUGAAGAUGCGGGCGUCAGUGCGCAUGACCCGGUACCUCGAGUCCUGGGGGGCAGCGCGGCCCUUUGCGCAUCUCAACCACCGAGAGAGCGUGAGCAGCGGCGAGACCCCCGUCCCCAAUGGGCGGAGGCCUAAGAGCGUUCCCCAGCGCCACCGCCGGACCCCAGACAGGAGCAUGUCCCCCAAGGGGCGGUCGGAGGACGAUUCGUACGAUGACGAGAUGCUGUCAGCCAUCGAGGGGCUCAGCUCCACGAGGCCCUGCUGCUCCAAGUCUGACGACUUCUACACCUUCGGGUCCAUCUUCCUGGAGAAGGGCUUUGAGCGCGAGUACCGCCUGGCACCCAUCCCCCGGGCCCGCCACGACUUUGCCUGCGCUGGCCUGAUUUUUGUCUGCAUCCUGCUCGUCCACAUCCUGCUCAUGCCCAGGACGGUGGCACUGGGUGUGUCCUUUGGGCUGGUGGCCUGUGUACUGGGGCUGGUACUGGGCCUGUGCUUUGCCACCAAGUUCUCGAGGUGGUGCCCAGCCCGGGGGACACUCUGCACUAUCUCCGAGAGGGUGGAGACGCAGCCCCUGCUGAGGCUGACCCUGGCCAUCCUGACCAUCGGCAGCCUGCUCACUGUGGCUAUCGUCAACCUGCCCCUGAUGCCUUUCCCAGUCCCAGAGCUGCCUGUUGGCAACGAGACAGGCCUACCAGCCGAGAGCAGCAAGACCAGAGCCCUGUGCGAGCCCCUCCCGUACUAUACCUGCAGCUGUGUCCUGGGCUUCAUCGCCUGCUCCGUCUUCCUGAGGAUGAGCCUGGAACCAAAGGUUGUGCUGCUGACAGUGGCCCUGGUGGCCUACCUGGUGCUCUUCAACCUCUCCCCAUGCUGGCAGUGGGACUGCUGUGGCCAAGGCCUGGGCAACCUCACCGAGCCCAAUGGUACCACCAGCGGCACCCCUAGCUGUUCCUGGAGGGACCUGAAGACCAUGACCAAUUUCUACCUGGUCCUGUUCUACAUCACCCUGCUCGCGCUCUCCAGACAGAUUGACUAUUACUGCCGCCUGGACUGUCUAUGGAAGAAGAAGUUCAAGAAGGAGCACGAGGAGUUUGAGACCAUGGAGAACGUGAACCGCCUUCUUCUGGAGAACGUCCUGCCAGCCCACGUGGCCGCCCACUUUAUCGGUGACAAGUUAAACGAGGACUGGUACCAUCAGUCCUAUGACUGCGUCUGUGUCAUGUUUGCCUCCGUGCCGGACUUCAAAGUGUUCUACACAGAGUGCGAUGUCAACAAAGAAGGGCUGGAGUGCCUGCGCCUGCUCAAUGAGAUCAUUGCUGACUUCGACGAGCUCCUGCUGAAGCCCAAGUUCAGCGGCGUGGAGAAGAUCAAGACCAUCGGCAGCACAUACAUGGCGGCUGCAGGGCUCAGUGUCGCCUCAGGGCACGAGAACCAGGAGCUGGAGCGGCAGCACGCCCACAUUGGCGUCAUGGUGGAGUUCAGCAUCGCCCUGAUGAGCAAGCUGGAUGGCAUCAACAGGCACUCCUUCAACUCCUUCCGCCUCCGCGUCGGCAUAAACCAUGGGCCUGUGAUUGCUGGAGUGAUUGGGGCCCGAAAACCUCAGUAUGACAUCUGGGGAAACACAGUCAACGUGGCCAGCCGAAUGGAGAGCACCGGAGAACUUGGGAAAAUCCAGGUUACCGAGGAGACCUGCACCAUCCUCCAGAGCCUCGGGUACUCUUGCGAAUGCCGUGGCCUGAUCAAUGUCAAAGGCAAAGUCUUCACAGCUAACUUUGGAGAGCUUCAAAACUACAAGGAUGUACUUGGCAUGGGUGCAUGCACAGGCUCCUGGAUCUGGGAAGCCCGCCCCCUCACAAAUGCUGAGCCGUUCUUGCUCUGAAACUGCACGAGUCAAGGCAAAUGCAAAAAGCCAGGUUUCGGGGAUGUGUCUUACCUGUGCUUCAACUUUCCAAGGAACUGAGUCAACCUAACUGUAACAGGGUGAGAAAUAACAAAACUGCCCGUGCCUUUUUCUGAAGGGACUUCAUAACCAAAAGAUGUAACCAGUGGCCUUAUCACUAGAGCAUCGCCAGGAUUUCUAAAGUACUCAGUUUCCCUAUAUAGCAGGGAUUCUUAGCUAGAUGUCACCAUGAACCCCGUGAAGUUCUACAGAAAGUCUUGCAUACAGGAGCCUUUACAAGAUUAUACAGGGUUGCAGACUGGGUGACUGACUGGACUUGUUGGGGUCCUGGGAUGAGUUGCCCCCUGGCUGCAAAUUAGAGUACAACUAAGUGUGGGGGUGGCAGUGGAGGGGACGAAAAUUGAGCCUGCCUGCCUGUGCUGUGUCAUGUGUGGCUUUAUCAGCCCGAGGAAGGGCAGGCGUAUUCUAAUUUGCACAAAGGUGCUGGGUGGACUAGUGACAACUCUGAUGUGCUGCACAUAACUGGAAUCAGUGUGAAUAGAAGAACUUGCUGUAUAAAGGAAUUUCAUGGCAACAAUGCUGGUAAGGGCAAUUAGCCUCGCUUAAGUUGCCUUUUUUACACACCAACUUUUUACAUGAAGGGUUGGUUUCACAUGAAUACUAUACUGAAAUCUGUGCUCGCAAGAUCUAGCAGUGACCAGGGCUGCCCAGCGGGGGCUCUCCUGGGAAGUCAGGAAGGUUUCUGUUGCUAAUAUAACAUGGAAACACAUCAGUGCUCUGGGCCUCUCUGAGGUCAGCUUAUUUGUACUCUUGCAAUAUUUAAGUUUUUUCUUCAGUAACAGAAACCCCAGUUGGGAGUUUAACAAAUAACUGAUUACCAUUCAUACAUUUUUAUUUCCUAUUAAAGCACUGUGCUGUGCUCAGAUAAUAAUAGUUUGUCAGUUUUUAGUUUUCAGUGUUCAGGUUACAGAAUAUAACUGACCAUAAAAAUUACCUGCAGGUAUUUUCUUUUUAUGAACCUGUUUUUAAAUUACCAAAUUAUUUCUUUACUGGUUUCUGUUUUAUGAUAGAAAUAAGUAUCUAACAGUGACCACCUCUAUGGGUCAAGGACUUCCUUACAAUUUCUCCUAACUGGUGAAAAUAAUACCUGAAGUUUUCUGCCUUAUUGAGGAAAUUUCCGAACAGAAGAGAAGAUCAUUAACCACUGUAUACUCUGUGUAUAUAAUAGGUCAAUGUAAAGAAACAUGAUUUGAGGUGGUGCAUGCAAAUAACUAGGGUUUAUUCUAUAUAAUGAGUAUUUAUAGAUCUGUAACAUUUGUUUCAAAAUGCUGUUUCAUUUUUAUAAAGUACCAGUGUUUAGCUGCUUUUUAUACAUUAAAUUAGCAAUUUAAAAAACUCAAAUAUCUGAAGGUAUUUUAAAUUUAAGUAUUUUCUUGGUCCUCAGGAACUCACUAGAGAUUAAAAGUAGUCUCUAAAACAACUUGAAAAUUUGACUCUUUUAGCAUAAGAUUUUGAGUCUUUUGGGGGAAUUAAUUUUCCUUUACCCUACUUGUUCUUCCUAAAUACUAAUUUUCAAAGUCAGGAAAAUGGAAAUCAAAUGGCUUCCUGCCUGGGUGAUUUAUAGAAGGAUUGUAUAAGGGCCUUCAAACUUAAUUUGUUCACUGAACAAGGCUAUCUCCAUCCUUUUUCCCUUAUGUAUAACAGGUUCUA